GCGGGCGCGGGCGCGCGGGCGCUGCUGGCGCCGCUGGCGCUGCUGGCGCUGCUGGCACGGCCGGCGGGCGCGGGCAUGGACGCGUGCUACGACGGCGCGGGGCGGCCGCAGCGCUGCCUGCCCGAGUUCGAGAACGCGGCGUUCGGCCGGCGGGUGCGGGCGUCGCACACGUGCGGGAGCCCCCCCGAGGACUUCUGCCCGCACGUGGGCGCGCCGGGCGCGGGGGCGCAGUGCCAGCGCUGCAACGCCUCGGACCCGCGGCUCCACCACAACGCCACCUACCUCACCGACUUCCACAGCCAGGACGAGACCACUUGGUGGCAGAGCCCAUCUAUGGCCUUCGGGGUGCAGUACCCCAACUCCGUCAACCUCACCCUCCGCUUGGGGAAAGCCUACGAGAUCACCUACGUGCGGCUCAAGUUCCACACCAGCCGGCCCGAGAGCUUCGCCAUCUACAAGCGCAGCCGGGAGGGCGGCCCCUGGGAGCCGUACCAGUACUACAGCGCCUCGUGCCAGCGCACCUACGGCCGGCCCGACGGCCAGCUCCUGCGGCGCGGCCAGGACGAGCGUGUGGCCUUCUGCACGUCCGAGUUCAGCGACAUCUCCCCGCUGAGCGGCGGCAACGUGGCGUUCUCCACGCUGGAGGGCCGGCCCAGCGCCUACAACUUCGAGGACAGCCCCACGCUGCAGGAGUGGGUCACCAGCACGGAGCUCCGCAUCUCGCUGGACCGGCUCAACACGUUCGGAGACGACAUCUUCAAGGACCCGCGGGUGCUCCAGUCCUACUACUAUGCCAUCGCCGACUUCUCCGUGGGCGGCAGGUGCAAGUGUAACGGCCACGCCAGCGAGUGCGGCCCCGACGCCAAGGGCCGCCUGGUCUGCCGCUGCCAGCACCACACCGCGGGCCCCGACUGCGAGCGCUGCAAGCCCUUCUUCCAGGACCGGCCCUGGGCCCGCGGCACCGCGGGGGACGCACACGAGUGCCAGCCCUGCAACUGCAGUGGCCACGCGGACGCCUGUGCCUUUGACCGGGAGCUCUUCCGCCUCACCGGCCACGGCGGCCGCUGCCUGAACUGCCGCAACCACACGGCCGGGCAGUUCUGCGAGCGCUGCCAGGAGGCCUUCUACCGCUGGGACACGCGGGCUCCCUGCCGGCCCUGCGACUGCCACCCGGCCGGCUCCCUGCACCUCCAGUGCGACAGCGCGGGGACCUGCAGCUGCAAGGACACCGUGACUGGCUGGAAGUGUGACCGCUGCCUGCCCGGGUUCCACUCGCUCAGUGAGGGCGGCUGCAGGCCCUGCAGCUGCAGCCCCGCGGGCAGCGCGGGCACCUGUGACCCCCGGAGUGGACGCUGCGCCUGCAAGGAGAACGUGGAAGGAGGCCAGUGCGACAGGUGCCGCCCCGGGACCUUUAACCUGCAGCCCCACAACCCAUCCGGCUGCAGCAGCUGCUUCUGCUACGGCCACUCGCGGGUCUGCUCCGCGGCGCCCGGCUUCCGGGAGCACCAGAUCCUGUCUGACUUCCUCCAGGGGGCCCAAGGCUGGCGGGCCGGGAGCGUGGGCGGCCCAGAGCGUCGGGCACAGUGGAGCCCCCAGGGGCUGGCCCUGAGCCCCAUGAAGAAGGAGGAGGAGUUCAUAGCACCAGACAAGUUCCUGGGAGACCAGCGGCUCAGCUACGGGCAGCCCCUCACCCUGACCUUCCGGGUGCCCGCCAGGGUCACGCUGCCACCCGUGCGGCUGUGGCUGGAGGGGGCCGGCCUGGCCCUGGCGCUGCGACAUGCCAAUGUCUCCGGGAGCCGGGCCGGGCGGCCGGGAGAGGUGCAGCUCCGCUUCCUGCUGCAGGAGACGUCUGAGGACGCGCGGCCCCCGCUGCCCGCCUUCCACUUCCAGCGGCUGCUGGCCAACCUGACGGCUCUGCGCAUCCAGGCCAACCUCUCUGGUCAAGUCUUCCUGAAGGACGUCCAGCUCACGUCUGCCCGGCAGGGGCUCUCCCCACCCGCCUCCUGGGUGGAGACUUGCUCGUGCCCCCCGGGGUACACUGGCCAGUUCUGCGAGUCCUGUGCUCCUGGAUACAAGCGGGAGACCCCACUGGGGGGUCCCUAUGCCAGCUGUGUCCCCUGCACCUGUAACCAGCAUGGCACCUGCGACCCACACACCGGGAUCUGCCGGUGUGACCACCACACCGAGGGCCCGUCCUGUGAGCGCUGCCAGCCAGGCUUCUACGGCAACCCCUUCGCGGGCCGGGCCGACGACUGCCAGCCGUGCCCGUGCCCCGGGCAGUCGGCCUGCACGGUCACCAACAGCAGCGAGGUGGUGUGCACCCACUGCCCCCCGCGCCAGAGAGGCCGGCGCUGCGAGGUCUGCGAUGACGGCUUUUUCGGGGACCCGCUGGGGCUCUCUGGGCGCCCCCGCCCCUGCCAGCGGUGCCAGUGCAAUGGGAACGUGGACCCGAACGCGGUGGGCAACUGCGACCCCCACUCGGGCCGCUGCCUGCGCUGCCUCUACAACACGACCGGGAGCCGCUGCGAGCACUGCGCGGAGGGUUUCUACGGGAGCGCGCUGUCUCCGCGGCCCGCCGACAAGUGCCAGGCCUGCAGCUGCCACCCCGGGGGCUCCGUGGGCGCUGGCGAGGACGGAGCCUGUGACCCCGUGACCGGCCAGUGCACCUGCCUGCCCCACGUGGAGGGCCGCGACUGCAGCAGCUGCAGGCCCGGCUUCCACGGGCUCCAGCACGGGCGCGGCUGCCAGAGCUGUAAGUGCCACCCGCUGGGCUCCCGGAGUGACCAGUGCAACCCCCAGACUGGGCAGUGCCCCUGCCGCCCGGGGGUCGGGGGCCCCGAGUGUGACAAGUGCCUGCCCGGCUUCUUCGGCUUCUCCAUCAAGGGCUGCCGGGCCUGCAGGUGCUCCCCGCUGGGCUCCGUCUCGGCCCAGUGUCGCGAGAACAGCACGUGCGUGUGCCGGCCCGGUUUCGUGGGCUACAAGUGUGACCGCUGCCAGGAAAACUUCUUCCCCGCCAAGCACGGUGCCCGCUGCCAGCAGUGCCCGACCUGCUACGGCCUGGUCAAGGCGCAGGCCGACAAGCUGAGGGCCAGGCUGGCCCUGAUGGAGAGCUGGCUGCAGGGCUCCGGCUGCAGCCGGCCCUGGGGACCCCUGGACGUCCUGUACGGAGAUGACCCCCGGGGUGACGCCUUCCAUGGCCACCCCCUGCCCCAAGAGGUCCAGGAAGCCUUUCUGGAGCAGGUGAUGAGGCUGGAAGACGCGGUAACGGCCAUUCAGCAGCAGCUGAGGGGACUGAGCGGGGCGACCCACUGUGUCCAGGCCGGGGCCCAGAAGACCUGCACGCAGCUGGCGGAGCUGGAGGCCACGCUAGAGUCCACGGAGGAGGAGAUCCUGCACACCGCCGCCGUGCUCAGAACUCUGGAGAUUCCUCUGAAGGUGGAAGCGCCCGGGCAGCUCAGCAACUGGAGCCAGCUGGCCAUGGAAGCUGGGGCCCUGGGCAGGAGCCACAGGGAGCUGGCCCUCAAGGUCGAGAACACCGCCCGGAAGGCCCUGCUGGCCUCCCACACCGGCCACAGGCUCCUCCAGAGCCUGCUGCAGGGGAGAGCGGCGGGGGGCCCGCGGCCGCAGCUGGAGGACAGGUACCAGGAGGUGCAGGCGGCCUGGAGGGCGCUGGACGCGGCCCUGACCCAGGCGCUUCCCGGAGCUGAGAGUGUGCUGGACGCCGUGCAGCAGAUGGACGUGGACGCGGCCCUGCGCCCCGCCGCGCGGGCUGCCACGGCACUGGCUGAGAGCUCCGAGGCCAGGGACCUGGAACUGAAGGCGCAGACCCUGGAGGAGAUGGUCUCGUGGAGAGGACCCGCGGUCUCCGAGGCGGUCCAGGCUGCCCAGGCUGCUGCCCUGGCCACGCUGAACCAGACGGAGCCUCUCACACAGCUACACCAGGAGGCCAGAGCUGCCCUGGCCUGGGCCUCCUCAUCUGUUCAAGUUGCCACGCUGACCGUGACAGGUGCCAAGACCCUGCAGGCUGACCUGGAAGGGAUGAAGCUGCACUUUCCCAGACCCCAGGACCUGGCGGCGCUGAGUGGGCGCGCUGGCGUGGUUCGGGACAGGCUCCUGGCUGACUCGACGAAGAAGAUCAAGCAGGCGGAGAGGAUGCUGGGAAAUGCAGGGUCUGUCUCUGCGGCGGCCCAGAAGAAAGGCAGGGAGGCUGAGCUGUUGGCCAAGGACAGCGCCAGGCUCGCCAGGUCCUCACUGAGAAAGGGCAGGCAGGAGAUGCGGCGGGCGGGCCGGCUCUCCGACCAGGCGCAGGCCCUGCUCCGGCGGGCCACCCGGCAGACGCUCACCGUGGACGUACGCAGACAGGAGCUGGAGGAAGUGGGCAAGGUGGCCUCCGGCCUGGAGGAGACGGAGCAGCAGAUCAGGAAGUCCCGGCUCUUGCUGGAGGGCGACAUCAGGGCCUUGUCCGAGCUGCUGGCCAGGCUGGGGUCCCUGGACGCGCACCUGGCGCCGCCGCAGGCGCUGGCCGAGGCGCGGCUGGCGCUGGGCCGGCUGCAGGGCCGGCUGAGCCCGCCGGGGGCGCUGCAGGGGAAGCUGGCGCUGCUGGAGCGCGAGGCCCGGCUGCAGGAGCAGCAGCUGCAGCAGUUCGAGAGCGAGCUCGCCACCGUCCGCCAGGACAAGCGCAACCUGGAGGCCAUCCUGCGCAGCCUGCCCCAGGGCUGCCCGCGCCUGGGCACCGCGGGACCCUGACCCAGCCCCGCCCACAUGCGGGAACGCGCGCCCCGAGCCCAGCCUGCAAAGCGCGCACCCGGGGUGUGUGCGGUGCAAGGCGUGACCGGGCUCAGACUCCUGCUGCAUGCCGCCCUCGUGGCCCUGGCGUGGCCCGUGUCCCGGGCGCCUGCUGGGCAUGGGGGUGGGGGAUGGGGGGCGGGAAUGCCCAAUGGUGCGGCCCAGCUCUGGAGGCGGGCUGAAGGCAGCUUGGACCCGGGGAGGCUGGGGGUCCCGGCUGCAGAGAUGCCAGGGGGGAUCGGUAAAGGUCAGACCCAGAGCUGCCCUUGCUCCGUGCCAGCGCAGCCCCCCGCCCCCCUCCUCCCCCUCCCCUCGGCCCAGCAGGCCAACGAAGCUUCUGGAAAUGGGCCUGGACUGCUGGGGCCCCAGAGCAGCCCGCACAGGCUCUGCCCCAUGAAAUCCCUCCUUCUCCAGGGCUCUGAGCCCGACACCCCGGGGGCUUUCCUGCCCGCCUCCCCCCCCACGGCUCCUUUUCUUCUUCCUGUUGGAGAGGAUCCCCUCUCUGCCCCUCGAGACUCUGGGGACUGAUUGGCAGGUCCCAGACCUGCCCUGCAGCCCUGCCUGCCCCAGGGAGGCCCCGUGGGGCCCGGCGGCCCUUCCCGUCCGACCUGCUGGGGAAGCCUCGGUGGCCAGGCCCUCGCCUUCCUGGCACUUCCGCCCGGCACCCCUCCCCGGCCUGGGCCUGCAGCGUCGGGGCCCUGUGCCCUGGGAGGGAGGGCCGAGCCUCGGGAGCCCAGCCCCUCCCGUGCCGCCUCUGUCUCCCUCGGGAGGCAGCAGGCUGGAGCGUCCUGUGAAUAAAGGAGCC